AGUGAUACUGUGUUCUGGUUUCAUAUAAUCCACAGCCAUUCGUGGCUUAUUCACAACAAACUUGGGUGGUUCUCCUCCAAAACUGUCAUGCAUCAGGGUAUCUUUACCUCGGAAAUCAGGAAUAUUCAUAGGCAGCGCAUGAAUGACAAUAGUACCCUUCAACUUAUUCUUGGCUUCUGUUUUCUUCUUGUUUUCUUUUUUGACAUAAGGAGGAUUCCUCUUGGUAUUUGAUGACAUCUUGUUCAUUGCUUGCUUGCUUGCUCACCACUCUACGAGAUAGAAUUAUGACUUCCCUUAAAAAUCUGCUAUACCUUUAUACAUCUUAGAUCUAUUGUCUUUGAAUUCUACCUGCCCAUUGGUUACAGACUGUAGAGCUUUGAUCCUGCAUGAUUUAGUAAAAUUUUCUCACUGGCUACAACCUGUAGAAGUUUUUUUUAGUUCUCUAGAGAUUAGGGAAACCUUGGACAGCCUUCAACGUAAGGUUGAACUGGUAGAACUUUGUGAGAAAAGUGAGCAGAUGAAAGUCCCAAAAAUUGCUGAAGAGGAAGCACAAGAAUUUCUAUGAAAGAGCAACUGAAAGCCGUUGAGAGAGAUCUCGCAAAUCCGUUGGGUAAGGAAACCGUGUUUUUUCCCAAUGGACCAAAAACUUUACUAAAGUAACAGACUUUAGAUAAUAAGUCUUUAUUAAGCACUCUAAACAACAAACGUGUUUAGUUACAAUGAUAUGAAAUCAGCAAGUAUAAAACUAAUAAACUAACUAAAUUACUAACUGAAUAACUAAUAAGAGAACAAACAUCUAUUAAUAAAGGUCCUUUUGAAACGUUCAGUUCUGACAAGCGGGAGAAUAUAAUUAUGGCGCCUCUUACGUAGCGUAUCCAUUGUUCGCUCUGGUGGCAAAAGGUCAUCUAAAGCUGUUGGAAAAUCGCUGUCGGUGAUCUUGGCCCACAACUUCUUAUCUUUUAGAAUGAUAAUAUUUUCAAUCGAAAAAAAGCUCUUUACAGUAGCCAAGCUUAAAAGCUCUCUUGAACAGCCUGUCUAUGCGACUCAGAUACUUAUGAUAAUACGCGCAGCCCCAUACUUCUACAGCAUAUGUAAAUAUAGGUAGAAUAAGACUGAUAAAGAGAAGAUGAAGAUGAUCCAGCGGCAGUCCAUAGAAUUUACAAACACGUAAGAUGUACAGACGACUACUGGCUUUCGAUAUAAUAUUAUCAAAAUGUAAGUCCCAGUUACACGGAUCAGAUUGAAAAGUUACACCCAACAACUUCAGACAUGGUUUACGCUCUAUAGAAACCAGAGGAGCAGGUAAGGCCUUAGUGGAUUUGGAUUUGCCUCUAAGAAGCAUCUCCCACGUUUUCUUGUAGUUUAGUUGCAUACGAUUAGCAGAUGUCCAUGCGACGAUCGAUCGGACCUCCUCAGCUGCUAAAUUGCCGUUAUUAGCCAGCGAUUUUACUGGAAUACUUAAUGUUAAAUCAUCAGCAUAUUUCACAAGUAAAUUCUGAUUUGGUAGAAUGGCCUUAAUAUCAUUGACCAUAAUAGAAAAUAGUAUAGGGCCUAAAACUGUCCCCUGAGGGACACCUCUAUUGAUAUUUACAUAGUCCGUGACAAUGGCAUCAACAACAACUCUUUGUUUCCUGUUCUGUAAAAACUAAUAAUCCAAUUGGUCACGUAUGGAUUUAUAUCAAGUGUUUUCAACUUAGAGCAGAGGAUAUCAUGAGGGACCGAAUCAAAAGCUUUGCUGAAAUCAAAAGAGAAGAUUCUAACACAAUCAAAACCCGACUCAAGCCAUUUCAGCCAAGCAUAUUGACACUUAAUUAAGGCCAUUGUCGUAUUGUGGCCUUUUGCGGUAUGCAAACUGGUCGAAGCUAAUGAAGUUCUUCAUAUAUUGAGAUAAUUCUUGUCUGUAUACAAGACGUUCAAAAACCCUCAUUAUUACAUUAGUCAGCGAAAUAGGCCGCAACUGUGUGCAAUUUUUAAAGUUGGGCUCUUUAGGCAAGGGAGUUAUGUCGGCCAAUUUCCAAAGAUCAGGCACAAUGUGAUUUUCCAAAGAACAGUUGAAAAUAUGGGUAACAACAGGAGCGAGGUCGUACGCAAACUCUUUCCAAAACCAGUACGGGAUUCCAUCUGGACCAGAGGCAGUUCUUUUUAAUUUCAGUAGACUCCUGGUAACACUGGAGACCAUUAAAACAGGCAUCUCGCUUGAUUCCGGGAUAGUGACAGUGUCAAUGGGUUUAUAAAGGGGAUCAGUGUUAAUGGAACAGAAAAAAUUAUUGAUCUCGCUCGGGGAGAUAAUUGAGCUUACUUGCGAGUUGGUAGACUUCCUUCCUGUCAGGGAAUUGACUGUUGACCACCAAGAUUUGGAUCCUGCACUAUGUUUCUCAAAAUUCCCUUUAACUGCUCGAACUUGAUUAUCUCUGAUCAAUUUGUUGAUUUUCUCUUGAAGAGUUUGGAUCUCAAUCGAAACAGAAUUUCCUGACAUGUUACUUCGCCGAAUCAAUUUUCGCCGUUGGUCCAGUAGAUGUUUGAUUAGAGGAGAAAAGAACGGAGGGUCCCUAUUAGACACACGUACUGAUAUACCCGGAAAACACUCAUCAAACAUGGUCUUAAUCUUGGUACAAAAAGAUUAAGUUUUCCAUUCACAUCUCCGCAUUGAUAAACAUUGUCCCAGUUAUGAAACUUCAACAGUUUAUCCAUAUCCAGUUUAUGAUGAUCACGAACAUCUCUGAACAUCACAGUUUUCCUUUCAGCCUUAAGUGGGAUUCUGGGAUAUACCAGGACCACAGAGUGGUCAGAUCGAACUAGUCCUUGAGUGACCGAUACUUUCCUCCAAAAAUGUGGGACGUUAGUAAUCAAAACAUCCAAAAUUUUGUUCUUUCUUGUCGGUGUAUUUACCAUCUGGAAUAAAUUUAGUUGUGUAAGAAAAUCAUUGUAAUCUAGCUGAUUGAGGUCACCACAAAUUAUAAGGUUGCUGUUAGGAUUACCAGUCAAUAAAUGAUCACAACUAUUUGUUAGAUGUUCCAAUAAAUCAUCAGGACAAUAUGGCGGAUCUGGAGGAUGAUAAACAGCAGCCACAUAAAAGCUUGAGUUGGGAGUUGUAAUUUUAGCCCACAAACAUUCAAAGGCAUUAUAAAAAAAACGCUGUCUAAUCGUUCCAACAACCAAUCGCUCCUACAGACAAUAGCAACACCACCGCCUGACCGGUCAGUUCUAUCCUUUCGCAAAAUUGAGUAAUCCUUCGGACAAACGAGAUGAGAUGGAAAAUUUGGUUUAAGCCAUGUCUCGGAGAUGAUGCAAAUAUCGCAGUUGUUUGAGUGCAAUUCCAUAUGCAAAGCAGAAGCGGCAUCAACUUUCACAAGUGAUCUUGCAUUAAUGACCAUACAUUUGGGGAUUCCCCGAAGAUUCCACGAUCUUUUCAUUUACUUGGUGGAAACAGUUCCCGUAUACAGUAGCGAAAGCCUAAAAAUCUACAAAUCUCUAUUGGGGUAAAAAUUAUUUUUUGAUGAACAUGUGGAAGAACUUUGGUAUCACCCACCUCAACCCAAUAUUAAUUACAGUUAUUUAAAGUUUGCUGUAAAGCCAACUGAAAAAUCCAAGAUUGAUGAUGGUUCAGCAACAUACAGAGGGUUUUUCAUUUUAAAGAAGGAUGGAUGUGUCAAUUCAGCAUACUGCUUAUGCAGAGGAGGGUAUGUAUUUUCUUCUUUUGAUUUCUGAAGCCUGUCUAUGUGCUUGAUAUUCCAUAAACAUACGUUUGAGAAUCAAAACGUUUGGUCUUUUCAGUUGUUUUUCUCUAUGACAGGUUUUGUUUUAUUCAUAUUUGAAGGUUUAUAUUUCCCUUGUAGCAGUUGUAACAUGAGUGAAAAGUAGAUGUCUCCUGAAGUGAAGAUCUAAAUCAAUGGAUGCAUUAUUUUAAGUCUCAAACCUUCUGGAUCAUUAUGACUUGAGCACUAAGUAUCAAAACAGUAGUUCAAAGUCAGAAUCUGUGAGCCUAGUAACCGAACUUAUUGCCUACUUUACAGUCUAUCAGUGUCAACAAGAUGAGAUACAUAUUUGUCAUAUUGGUCCUCCUUUAAACAAGGCAGAUGGAGGUUGCUGGCACAUAGCUGCAGCACCGUUUGAUCUAGAAUGAAAUGUGAGAUUCAAUGAUCUCCAAUCAUGUGAAUCAGGACAGUGCAUGUGGAAAAAGAGAGGAAAGAGAAAUGAGGGAAGUUUGCUUAUUCAGGACCUUCAAACGAGUGGUAGUUACGGUGUGACUUUGAAAGACCCAAUUCACUCAAGAGAUUUUAAUGUAAUUUGUAUUCCUUAUAAUGUGACUGAACUGGAACAAGAUUUUAAGACUGGAUUGCUGGAAACAUGUCCUAGCUCUUCAGCUCCGCCUUUUUUAUCUUCAACUAAAGGACCCAUGCAAACAGAGGCAGAAGUCUGAGCUUUCAUCAGCAGUGAUGUUAAUGUCUGUAAAGAAGAAAGUGUUCAAAGUGUACAUGUAUAUUCAAUGAUUGAUCAUGCCAAACUGUUUGUUUCUGUUAAUACUGAAAAAGUGAUGCCUACAGUUUCUAAAGAACUUGCAACUGAAUUCCUUGAGUCUAUUCCAUUUAAUGAAGAACAAGCAGAAAUGAUCAACUAGGAAACUGUCUAUCAAUCCUAGUCUCAAUUUUGGUUUGAUUAAAGGGCAGGAAGAACUACAGCUUCCUCAUUUUACACUGUAUGCCACCUUAGAGAGAGCACAGACAGAAGAAACACUAUUAAACAUCUUAUGAAUUACUGUCCAAUUGCUGAAAAUGCCAUGCCACGACAGUUGACAUGGAGGCAUGAAAAAGAGAAGUGA